CUCAAUUUACCAAUCUUCCCACGUCAACUGUGAAUCUAAAGAGAAAAAUAAUUGAUCUGAUUAUUUUAGUGAAUUAUAACAGAGUUAGUGUAGUGUAAUGGGAGAUUCUUUGCACUUGUGGGGAAUUGGACUUAUCCAGGAAAUUCAAUCUCGCCUUGAGGUUCUUCUAUUAGUAUUUUGACUUUUUCAUUUAAUAUUAAUUUCAUUGCGAAUAUGAUUUGGUGCGUAACUUAAGUAACCAGCACAAAAUACCAAGAGUAUUUCGCAUUUUAAUUGCUUAAUUAUAAAAUUAUUAAUAUAUUUCUGCUAACAACUGAGUCGUAGGUUUUAUAGAAGCAACGUGACAGGCACCAAGCAACACUGAUACAUUAAAAAAAAAAACAAGGAGCCAUCCAUAAACGACAUCACAAAAAUUUAUUUACUCCCACCCCCCUCCCCCCACAUCACCACAAAAGGUUAGACCACCCUCAAACAUAACAUCACAAAUCACUGCACCCCCCCCCCCCACACCAAUCACAAAAAUUUAUUUACACCCACCCCCCUCCCCCCACAUCACCACAAAAGGUUAGACCCCCCUCAAACAUAACAUCACAAAUCACUGCACCCCCCCCCCCACACCCUAUAAAAAUCCCUCCUUCCACAACUGUCCUUUACAAACCCUUGAAAAAUUCACCUCCCAUGGUGGAUAAUCAAAUUACUGUGACUGAAUUAGAAACAUUUCCCAAGAACAGUGGUUCUAAGCCAGAGGUGUAAGCACCCCGUGAGGUGUAGAGGACCCAGACAAAUUCUUAUUGCUGGCAUUGCUUGCUGUUGCUGCCUUUUAAAAAAAAAAAUCAUUUCAAUUAACAGUAGUAAAUGUUUUGCUGGUGAGCUUUUUUGGCACAUUACUUGUAUUGUUUUUCCCUUUAUUAAUAGAAAUUUAAUUAAAGAAAUAAAAUUAUGAUAACUAAAUUAUUUUCAUAUUUUAAAUUUUAUAGAAUAUAAUUUGCACGGGUUGGGUGGGUGGAUGCAGGAAAUGUUUAUAACUGAGUGGGACUGCAGCACUGUAAAAAGGCUAAGAAUCCCUGCUUUAGAGCAUUUUCUAAGAUCAAUCCCCCCACCCACCUCCCAAUAGACAUUUUUUUUACUAAUUCUAUGACACCCUUCUCUUCACCUCAACAUAAACUUUCACAACUAUAAAUGUCACUACACCCCAAUUCUCCUUGUCCAUGGCGGCCUGUAAUGUGAUCAGAGGCCAUUUUUCAGACCUCGCAUACCUGCACUGAUUCCCUCACUGACUGUAGUUUAAAAAUAAAAUAAUUAUAACUGUUGUAUCAAAGAAUUCUGUUAAAAAUGUCAGCAAUUUCGUGUUAUGAAGUGAAUUUUUUAACUAUAAUAUUCCGCUUUACAUCUGAUGUCACACUGCUUAAACCCCCCUCCCCUCAUCAAACAUCAAACAUUCUCACAAAAAUUUGCCCCCCCCCCCCCCCAUGAUAUCAUUUAUGGAUGCCCCCCAAUCUGAACCACUCAUUUCACAGUCUUUUUGCACUAUUUUUUCCCCCACUGCCACCAUUUUUGUUGCCAUGACGGCAGACGUAUCAACGCAAGAAAGGUGGUGGCUGUGUACAAAAAAAAAGUAGUGCAAAAACACAUCUGCUUAAAAUUAGUUAAAAAUUAGCAAAAAACAUGCAAAUUUAAUGUAUUUUUUAAAAGAAAAAAUCUACACCUCUACGUAACCUAAAUGCUAAGUCAGUAUUCUUAACUCAACAGUAAAAUCCACCAUAAAUUUAGUCCCCACUAACUUGAGCGUAAAUUCACCCUAAAAUUUAGUCACCCUAUUGUAAGCAUAAAUCUUCAAACCUAAAAUCUAUGACCUAACAACACUAAUGCCUAAUGUGAAUGCUAUAACCACGUAUUCAGAUGCUACAGUUACUACACACUGUACUGUACAGAGAAAGUAGUAAAUGUAAAUAAAAAUAUUAAAAUUAUUUUUUAAAAUAAUGAAAACACAACUUAAAGUUUAAUCAAAUACACUUUUACACACUUAAUUGCAGCUUCCACCGAAAAUAACAUCCAAAAGUUGUCAGAAAAUCAAUACCAAUUCUAAAAUGCUGGCCUCGUUUUAAAUAUUAUAAUUUACCUUAUAAUUAACCACCCAAUGAAAUAUUAAUUUAAAAUAUUCCAUCGGCCUAUUAAAGAAAAAAAGUUUAAAGGAAAAUAAGUUAUCUCUAGUAACAAGCCAAAACAGACAAAAGAGAGAGAAUCCUACACAGAAACUCAAAGUGGCAUGGAUUGGUUGAAUUAAAACACAUUGAAAAUAAAUUCAACGUCUUUUUACUCAUAUAGCAGAGGUGUAGCUAAGGGGGGCACAGGGGAUAGAUGAUCAUGGCGCCAGAUUUAUUUGGGGGGGGGGGGGCGGUCAAAUGGGCUUUGAUAGUAUUUUAUUGUUGAAGAAAAUAAUGUCUUUCAGAGCUGGUGGGGCACCAGGCGCCAAACACUCUUAACUAAGCUAUGCCUUUGCCAUAGAUUUACUAUAAAGACUUAAUUAUGUAGCUGCCCUAUACUAUCACUAUGGGAUGUCACAUAUGCAUGUAAAAGUGAAACAGAUUUGACAGAACAACUGAAAAGAAAUUACAAUUGCAGUAUGAUUUUGGAAAAUCUGUAUGCAUACUUUUUUAGUAAUAAUUUAAUACAAAAAAAAAUUAAUGAUUAUUUUAAAUAAUGUUUAUUACAUUAAUGGUAAUGAACAUUUUUAAAGUUAAUUAUAGUAUCAUAGAUGUUGAGGUACAGAAUAACCUGUUAUUUUGCUUUUUAUUUUAUUUUCUUAGAAAAUAUAUUCUUCUUCUAUAUAUUAAGGGCCUACGAUCGAUUUACUGAUCAUUUUGGCUCCUAUGCAUGCAGAGGGGAUUUGCAAUGUUUCUGUGCCUGGUGUUGAUGAGGAUAUUUCACUGAUUGCAAGUGCUACUUUGUGAGGGAAUCGUGCACUGGGGGUUGGAAGGCUUGUGACAAUAGACGCAAAUGUGUCUAGUGUUGUCGCCUCAACUGUUCCUUUUGAAAGCUUGUUCCAGUCCUUGAUUGUCUUGGGCAGGAAUGAGCAGUUCCUAUACUGGCUUCUUGCUGGUAUGAGCCGGAAUUGCCUGUCAUUGCCUCGUUGCUGUCUAUGGGGGAGAGAGACGAGUUUCUGUUUAAUACUGGAACAGUGGACGAGCCCAUUAUUUAUCUUGUACAUUAUGGAGAGCCUUUAUGUAUUGUUUAAGUGUGAAUUAAUUUACAUUUGUCUGAUUUUAGGUUAUUACAAUUGGUGCUGAAUAGACUGUAUAUACUAAUAUAAUUAUAAGCUUUAAAUACUUUUCAAUGUGCUAAGCUUGAUUUUUUAAACAAAUCUUUUUCUGGCCAGGAAUACAGUGGUUUAUUGGUUUUCCUGUCUCAUAUUGGCGACCCUAGAUUUGCAUUCAGUAUUUAUUUUCCAGUUGCUUAUUUUCUGCAUCGUUCAGUCGGAAAACGUGUGCUAUGGGUUGCUGUCAUUUCAGAAUGGCUCAAUGCUGUGGCAAAAUGGUAACCUUUUUUUAUAAGUCCUAUGAUAUUUUUUAAGAUAAUAGUUCAUUAAGUGGCAGAGCUUGUUUUGAAAAAAGAUUCACACUGGAGUGACAUUAGUUUCAAUCACUGCACUCUGACCAUAAAUUAUAGCAAAAUUGUAUCAUUCAAAAUAUGAUAAAACCAUUUUAAAUUUAAGAUUCUGCACAAACUUUUGUAGAUGAAACCAUAGAGUCUGUAGUUUAAUUUUUUUCUUUUUCCAUGUUUCUGUCCUAGACAUGUAAAUUCUUCUAUAAGCGGAUAAAUUUAUACUUGUUGGUCAUGCUUGAUUUCAGGCUGCUGCAUGGAGAAAGGCCGUAUUGGUGGGUUCAUGAAUCAGGUUUAUAUAAAAAGGAUCAAAUCCCUCAUCUCCAACAGUUCAAUAUCACCUGUGAAACAGGCCCUGGUCAGUGGUAUUGGAGUACCUCAUUACAAUGCUUUCCAGCUGUUGUAUUUUAAUGUAACACCCUGAAAUAAUAAGUUGGCUCAGAGUUAAAGGGACACAUGCUUUUGGGAAACAUGUCUUAAUAUUUUACAUAUAAUAUUCCAUAAUGCAAGACAUGUUUUAGCAUUUUUUUUUUGUUUUUAGUUAGUAAAAUGUAAAAUAUAAUUAAUGUCUAGUUUUUUGUUUUUUUUACAUUGCUAAGUUACCGCUUCCUUUGUUUAUUAAUAUUAGAGAUGAAAUAAGUUUUUCAGUUAGUUUUAUCAAGCCUUAGUUUAGUAAGCCUUCGGUGCAGCAAAUAACAAGACUGAUCAAUCUAAUUAACUAUUAAAUAAACAUAUCUCAAUGGCUAAAAAAUAAAGAUACAUGCUGGGGCAACGCUUUAUUAUAAUUUGGUAUAAUUCAGUGAAACAAAAUGUUCUCCUUAAUUCUCUCCUUUAUGAAGCUUUCAGAACUUUCUCUAAUGGUAACUAUUGAUAUUUACAUCCUUGUCAUCCUUUUAUUUUCUAUAUUCAAAUCAAAAGUAAUUAAAUGAAUUAACAAUUUUUUUUUCUCAGGUAGUCCGUCAGGCCAUGCUAUGAUAACCUCUGCAGUGUGGUACAUCCUUGUCUCAGAUUUACUAUAUUACAAACAGGCUCAAAGGUAACCAUCUUCAAAUGGAGAAUCAUUUUCUCCAUGCUAAGUAGCAGCAUUUAUACAUUAUUUUUGUGUUUUUUAUAAAAAUGUUUUAAGAUCAAAAGAAUUAAAUAAUCCAAAAACUUUAUUAAAAAAAUAGAGUUUGAUUGAUUCAAAACAUUUAUAAUUUUGUAAAGCAAUGACAUGUAACUUCCCAUGUAACAAAGUGACUAUAUUAUAUGGGACUCAAUUCUGACAGUUUCAUAACAUAAAUAUAAAUGUACUACACCAUACCCAUGGCUCUUAUUGAUGAAUAUAAUAGUCACUUCCCCCUACCCGAGUUCACACGCCACCAUGAGAGCCUUAUUUUUCCCUCAGUACUAUUAAUAUAAAACAUGUGGUGUUGAGGGAGGGUGGUUUCGAAAAGGAAGCAGGGAACACCAGAAGCAAAAAAUAUAUAAGAAAUAUGCAGUUUUGUUUCUAAAGUAAAUUUAAAAAUCCAUUUUCUAUCUAGAUAAAAAAUUACAGGAGUCAACAGAUAUCACCAUUUGAAUCAGCAAAUAGAUAUCGUCUUACUUACUUUGCAUGUCUAAUGCUCAGCUCACACUGUCAAAUUUUCAUCAUAUUUUCGUCAAAUUUCUUUAAAACGCACUAUAUUGUAACACAAUAUUUUCACAAUUUUAACAUUUUUACUGCAUUAAUUAAACCCAUCCUUUAUUUGCCAAUAUUUUGUUCUUAAAAUAAUGUUGUUGAUUUUUAUACCAAACAUCCACAGUGUACUAACACACCUAGCAUGUUGGGCUUGCUACCUUUUGGUUAUGUUUGCAGUGUGUGUUUCCCGUCUUUUCAUUGCAACUCAUUUUCCACACCAGGUUAUUGCUGGUAUUUUUUCAGGUAAGAGUAUUCUUAUUAUACUCAAGUAUUUUUCAGGCAGAAAAUUAUUUUAAAAUACCAUUGCAGUAUACACAAGUUUCCACAUUUUGUCAGGCUAUUCAAAUUUUUUUUGAUACGCCGAUGUUUAAAACAAUUCAUCCAAAAAAGUUUGUUUUAAUUUAAAUCCCCAAAAGUAUAUAUUUUUAUUAGAUAUACUAAAAAUAACCCGCUGAACACUGACAGUGACAAUGCAUGAACUUCCCUUCUACCAAAGUUACUUAACAAAGCAUGCCUUUAAGUAACCCCCUUUAUAAGAAUCCCAGUUAGUGCUAACUUCUGGGAAUUUUAUGAAGUGUACCUAUUGAACGCAGCGUUACAGCCACACAUAAAAACCUAGAGAUUUAUUGUUUGUGUUUAUGUUUUGAAUCAUUAUGUCUUUCACUAAUAAUAAGAUCUGUGGCCAUGGCCAGUAGGUUUGAUCCAUUACGUGAUUACUUAAGCACUCAAAUGAUACUGUUUUGGAUCUUUAAGAAAUAGCCCACACAUACUCAUACUUUAAUCAAGAAUGCACAAUAUGUUUUGUUUGGGUAGGGGAUGGUCGUAGCAUCAUUAUAAUUCAAUUGUGGCAACAAACCUGCGAUGUGAAUUUUUUUUUAUGAAGUUCUGUGCCAAUUUGGGCCUUUCAUAUUAAUUGAUUAAUUAGACACGAACAAUUUGUGUCAAUAUAACAAUAAAAGUUUCAUAUUAAAAAAAGUUAUUAAGCAUAAUUGUUAAUUUGAGGUAAUUAAGUAAAGGACCAGUUUUAAAUGAUUUAUCCUUCUUCAUUACAGGAAUGCUACUGGGUAAAAUAUUGAAUUCUCUAUCAACCACCACUUUAACAUUUUACCACUACGUUGUCACCUCUGCUCUGCUAUCAAUUAUUGCUGCUUCCAUCUACAUGCUUGUUGGUGUCCUUGGCUAUGAUCCGCUCUGGUCUGUUGUGGUGGCCACAAAGUGGUGUGCGUUCAGAGAAUGGGUCCACAUGGACACCACGUUGUUUUACUCCAUCGUGCGAGACAUUUCAAGUUUACUGGGUGAGAAUCCAAACUGGCAGGACAAAACUUUUGACAGUGUCAUUAGAAACACAAGAAGUAAAAGAAUCAUGCAUGCUGAAUAGAUCACUUGUUUAAACUUCUUGUGCUAAAUAUAAUAUUAAUUCAGUUAUACAAUUGCAUAGCCAGGUAUUAAAUUAAAUACUAUGGGGGAGCAGCAACAAACUUCAAAACACAUUCCUGUUUUUGCUAUCCUUUAGGCCCCUUGAAGGUGCUCUGUUUAUAAUUGAUAAUAUUAUACAUUAAUUUUGUAUCUGGGGCAACCAAUGUAUCUAACUUUAACUUAAAUUUUUUUUUUUUUAAAAAGGACUUCCUAACAUGUAGGUAAUUUAAUAAACAUGAGAAGGAGAUUAUAUUAAAAAAGUUAAUUGUUUAAAAAGAGUCAUGAACAGAGUUGUGCUGUUGAACAAUGUGUGUGUGUAAUUCAUUUGACCUUAUAGUAAUUUCUGUACAUUUGAGGAAUAUAGGAGUUAUUUAUCUUGCUUUGUGGAGUUGUUAGUUGUUUUUAAAUGUAUAAAAAAAGAUUAAGUAAAACUAAAUUGGUGCCUGAGACUUUAUUUCUAAGUACGAAUAAUCACAGCACCCAAAACACAACCAACUUUUUUUUGUAUCUAAAAACUAAAAGGUUAAAUUGAUGAAGCUCCUACAUCUGCAUUGUGGGAUACAUUUAACUAACUCCACAUUACGUUGUUUGUUUUAAGGUCUAGGUGUGGCUGGGACACUUUUUACAACAAAUGAAAAAUCCAUUGAUGGUCCUGUGAAAAAGAUUUGUCAGAUAGCCCUAGCAUUAUUCAUCACCAUGACAACAGACAAGCUUAAAGCCAGCCCCGACGAUAUAUUUUUAUUUUAUUUUCUGGGCUUCGCCAAGCAUUUCAUUGUUGUAUUUAUUAUUGCUGCCCUAGUUCCUGCUUUAUUUGUUACAUUUCCGCGUAAUAAAUUAUUUAAAUAAUUAUUAAAGCUUUUUUUCUACAAUUUUUGUGUUAUUUUUCUAGUCCAGGUGGCCUAAAUGAUAUUGACAUGAGUGUCAAGGACAUAAGAUGCUGAGGAUUUGUGGGGGUUUAAGUUUAAAUCUCAUCAUAAAAUUCUAUCAAACCCUGUGUUAUAAUUGGUGUCUCAUGGGGAUUCAAAUAAUUUCAAAUUACUAUACUGCAUGUUUUGUUUAUUAUCACCAUUGCUGUGAUCUACUGAUAGUCUACCCUUUGUUAUUUCAUUUUAAUUUAGCAUCCUUUUCCAUUCUUUUGUAGUUAUAUUUAACCAAACUAUCUUUAACACAGAAGGUUUAAAUUCUGGCUCCCACUUUAAAGUACAGAGGAAAAUUAAACUAUCAAAGUCUGAAGGAUCUUUCAAUAAUAAUUUUUUUUCAAUGGUUUUAAUUGUUGGUAAAAAAAUGAAAAUGUAGGAAGGUAGCACUUGGUGGAUGGUGGAGUUAGUCCCUUAAAUUGUUUAUUGCACCUAUUUGCAUGUAGAUCUGUUGGGUAGAGUGGUUGAAAAAAUUAUAAAUAAAUGAGGGUGGUUAAAAUUUUUGUUUAAUGUUGAUGGUUUCAUAAGUUCCCGCCACAUCUGCCACCACAAAUGAUUGAUUGUCUUUGUAAAUAUUUGUUGCCUUUCAUGCCUAAUAUUGUUCAAGCUAAAAUAUACCAAACCUGCCGUUUCAUAUUAUAAAGGAUAAUUUUUAAGGGACUGCCUUCAAGCCCUUGAAGGAAAUAGAACAAGAUAAGUGACAGCUACUCACAAGCUGAAUUCAAAUUUUCUCAUCCCCUGUUGUUUCUUGUUUUUAUGUCUACUGAUAAAGGCUUCUUGCCAAAAUUUUAAUCUCAUUUGUCCUGGGUUUUUGUUUUUUUCCUUUCAAGCUCUCACAUAUCACGUUAUGCUAUUUGUUUCAUAUUAGCUGUGGUUGGUUUUAUUUUCCUAAAUGGAAAAUUAACAUUCCCACAAGAGUAGAAGCAUUGUUCCACUGUCACGGUUAACUUAUGUAGCACCUUUAAAAUGUGUGUUUACCUGUUUGACUUUGAUAUAUGUUGUGUAACAGCAAACAUUUCUAGCUCUAUUGAACAAAACAUUGAAAACUGUUAUUAG